AUGCUUUACGAACUUUGCGAGAAGCAAAACAUCCCGCACCGCAACACUAAGAAGUGGAUUGUUGCCCAGGACGAGGAACAAUGGAAAGAAUGUUUGAAAGUUUUCCUCCAUGCUAAGGAAAUAGGUGUACCAAUACGCUUUGUUUCCGCCGAAGAGGCAAAAAGGAGAGAGCCAGAUGUGCGAGCAGAGGCGGGGAUCCUAGAAAGUCCCACGACUGGGAUAGUGGACGCUCACUCCCUAAUGUCUUACCUACACGGCAACUAUGAGGAAAGAGGCGGAGACUGCGUGCUGUUGACGGAAGUUUAUAAAAUUGAGCCUCUAAAAAAUAGAGGUGGUUAUGAAGUUUUUACCCGGUCCGGAGAGAGAAAAGACGAAGAGUCAUCUUUUACAGCCGAAACACUAAUUAACUGUGCUGGUCACUUUGCGUGUGGAAUAAACAACAUGAUUUUACCACCAGAAAGACAUCGAACUCCUCACUUCGCUAAAGGGACAUAUUUCUCAUACGCAGCUUCAUCACCAAAGCCUUCAACCCUGCUAUACCCAGCGCCGAGACCCAGUUAUGGCGGAUUGGGCACACAUCUGACUCUCGACAUGGCCGGCCGAAUAAAAUUUGGCCCUGAUGUCGAAUGGGUAGACAGUCCAGAUGAUUUGAUCCCGAGCCCAAAACGUUUAACACAAGCUAUCAAGGAGAUCCAGGCAUACUUACCCAGCGUGAAUCCCGAUGCGAUUGGUCUUGAUUACUGCGGUAUUAGACCGAAGCUAAUCAGGGGAGGGUCCGUCUCCUCUGGGAAAGAUUUCCAAGACUUUGUGAUUCAGGAAGAAACAGGUUUCCCAGGCUUCAUAAACUUACUUGGGAUUGAGAGCCCCGGGUUGACUAGCUCUUUGGCUAUUGCAAAAAUGGUAGAGAAUCUUUUAUAUAGAUAG